UCCUCAGCCGAGAUGUCAGUUUUGACAAGUCGUUCUCUCGUUCGUGAUAGCAGUUUUUUGUUUUUGUUUUUUUUGCUUGUGACUUUGUGAGCAAGGCUCGAUGCAAGCGAACCAUCUUAGCACCACCAAUAGUAUGGCCUACUAGCUACCGAUGGAUUGGCCGGCUCCCCCAUGCUGCACCACCACUGCUGUUCUGAUCAUUCUUAUCCUCUUGCCGUUGAGUGUGUCCGCCGACGACCGGCUUGCUCCCGGUAAGCCGCUCUUCCCAAACUCCACCAUCGUCUCCGACGGCGGUGCUUUCACCUUAGGCUUCUUCUCGCCUUCCAACUCCAGCAUUCCAGCUGGGCUGUACCUCGGCAUAUGGUACAACGAUGUUCCCGAGCUCACCACUGUGUGGGUCGCCAACCGAGAAACUCCGGCCACCAACACGACUACACUGAUGCUCUCCCUCACCAACACCCCCAAUCUUGUUCUAUCCGACGGUGAUGUCGGUGGCCGUGCCGUUUGGAUGACAACCAACGUGGCUACUGUUUUGGGCUCGUCUCCCCCUGUGGCAGUGCUUCUGAACAACGGCAACCUCGUCAUCCGGUCAUCGAACGGCACCACGUUGUGGCAGAGCUUUGACCAUCCCACCGACACGUUCCUCCCUGGCAUGAAGCUCCGCAUCCAGUACAACAAGCCUGGCACUAGUGACCGUCUUGUUUCUUGGAAGGGCCCUGGCGACCCUUCGCCGGGGAGCUUCUCCUAUGGCGGCGAUCCAAUCACGUUCCUCCAAGUAAUUCUUUGGGAUGGGGAGCGCCGGGUUUCCCGCAGCGGGCCAUGGACGGGGUACUUGGUGAAGAGCGAGCGCCGGUACCAGCAGGCGAACGCCAGCGCGGACAUCAUCAUCUACCUAGCCGUUGUGGACAGCGAUGAGGAGAUCUACAUCACCUACAGCCUCUCUGACGGCGCCCCACACACCAGGUACGUGUUGACCUACUUCGGAGAGUACCUAGUACAGAGCUGGAAUAGCAAGACAUCGACGUGGUUAGUCCUCGGGAAAUGGCCAUCCCCCGAAUGCAACCGCUAUGGUUAUUGUGGCGCAUACGGCUACUGCGAUGAGACAGCGGCGCCAACGCCGACGUGCAAGUGUUUUGAUGGCUUCAAGCCAGCAAACACGGUGGAGUGGACAAAUGGUAGGUUCUCAGCAGGGUGCCGGCGAAAAGAGCCACUGCAAGGGUGCACCGACGGCUUCUUGGCCCUGCCAAGGAUGAAGUCGCCUGACAGAUUUUCAAUUGUCGGCGGGGGCACGAGUACGUUCGAGGAGUGUGCGGCUGAGUGCAACCGCAACUGCUCAUGCGUGGCAUACGCAUAUGCCAACCUCGGCAGCGGCAGGUCCAGGGGAGACGUGACGAGGUGCCUGGUGUGGUCUGGGGACUUGGUUGACACUGGGAAAAUAGGCGAAGAGCUCGGCAGCGACACACUCAAUGUCCGACUUGUAGGCGUGGACGCAACAUCAUCUGGUAAAGGAACAAAGAGGAAUGUUAUGAAGAUUGUGCUGCCAGUUUUAGGAAGCAGUUUUCUGGUAUUUGUAUGCAUUUCAUUGGCAUGGUUAAAACUCAAAGGCAAGAGAGAAAAAUGGAGAAAACGCAAGAAUGUAUCAUUGGUAGGUACGAGUACCUCUUAUGAACUUAGUGAAGGUAACCUUUCCCAUGAACAUGAAUUCCCAUUCAUAAGAUUUGAGGAAAUUGCCUUCGCGACACACAGUUUCUCUGAAACAUGUAUGAUUGGACAAGGAGGCUUUGGCAAAGUUUACAAGGGGUUGUUAGGUGGGCAAGAAGUUGCUGUCAAGAGGCUAAGUAGGGAUUCUCAACAAGGAACAAAGGAGUUUAAGAAUGAAGUAAUUCUAAUUGCCAAACUGCAACACAGAAACUUGGUUCAACUUCUCGGGUGUUGUGCAGAAGGAGAUGAAAAGUUGUUGAUUUAUGAGUAUCUCCCUAACAAGAGCUUAGAUGCUACACUUUUUGAUGGUUCAAGAAAAAUGUUGCUAGAUUGGGCGACACGAUUUAAUAUAAUCAAAGGGGUCGCAAGGGGGCUUCUUUACCUACACCAAGAUUCAAGACUGACCAUAAUUCAUAGGGAUCUUAAAGCUGGAAAUGUUUUGCUAGAUGCAGAGAUGAGACCCAAGAUAGCGGAUUUUGGUAUGGCAAGGAUCUUCGGAGAUAACCAACAAAAUGCGAGUACCCAGCGUGUUGUCGGAACGUAUGGUUACAUGGCUCCUGAGUACGCAAUGGAGGGUGUCUUCUCUACGAAGUCCGACGUCUAUAGCUUUGGCGUGUUAGUAUUGGAGGUCGUAACUGGUAUAAGGAGAAAUUCCAGUAAUCAAACCAUGGGCUUCCCUAGCCUCAUAGUCUAUUCAUGGAAUAUGUGGAAGGAAGGGAAGACAGAGGAACUGCCAGACUCAUCUAUCAUGGAUACUUGUUCACUAGAUGAAGUUUUACUUUGUAUCCACGUAGCAUUGUUAUGUGUCCAAGAGAACCCAGAUGACAGACCCCUCAUGUCAUUAGUCGUGUUUAUACUAGAGAAUGGAAGCACCACACUUCCAGCCCCCAGUCGCCCUGCCUACUUUGCGCGGCGAAGCAUUGAAAUGCUGCAAAUUGGAGAUGAUAUUCAGAACUCUGUGAAUAGUUUUACUCUGACUGAGAUAGAGGGGCGAUGAAACGAUGGUUCUUCUGUUCUAUAGCUGUUGAACAUAUUAUCAAAAGAUGUCUGGCAAAACAACAUGGCUAUGUAACACAUCUGUUGUUUAGUAGUCAUUACCUUUGAAUGUGUUUUCUGUUCCACUAUUGGCCUUGAUACACCUCAUUUUGGAAGACGAGAAAAACAAGUUAUCGAUUCGGUGACCAUUUGGUGGAACGUGCUGUCAUUUCUCUUUUCCAUUUGGUUGCUUUGCUUUGGCUUUUAUUUGUACAAUUUAAUUCUGUCUUUUGGAGAGAGAGUCCUCUUGCUAAUUUGUGUUUUUAACACUUCCUGCUCCUAAUUUCAUUUCUCAAGGAAACUAUAACCAACACAGGUCCAGGAAAUAAGCAACAUGAGUACAGGACCGUAGGCUUCCAGCUAGUAACCACCAUCAGUUCCCAAAACAGCUCUAAACAUAAGCUACAGGAGUCCCACCAGCUGAUACAAAUGGGGUUCUUUCUGCAUAGUCUCCAGGACACAUGUUCUAUCUGGUCUCUGUACUCUGUUACUUGGUUAAUGUAACGUGUGCGGUUUCUCUCAACAAAAUAAAUAAACAGCUAACAGCAAAAGCCUAACUGAACAAACAAACGAUGAACUGAAAGAGGAGCCUGCCUCCAUCAUUGUACAGUUUGAUCAUUUUCUCAGUAUUCUCUUUCUCCUCUUAUUUAAUGGAUGAGGCAAAUUUGUUGCCUCCGUUUCGAAAAAAAUACAAAUUAAUAUUCAAUCCUAGUGCUACAGCAUUCCGUGAACAAAAAAGUAAAAAAGAAAAAAGAAAAAACUGACUAGGCGCAAGGCGUACAACACCACACAGGGACCAAGACAUGCCUUCAGCAUCAGGUCGAUUCAAUAUUGGAAACGUGGU